UUUGUUUAUCAUAUACGAGCAGUGAUGUAUUAGGCGGCACGAACUCACGGGAUGUAACGCGAUAGGCCUCCCCGUGCUCGGUAAUGUAUAUGUAUGAGGCUGAAAUUGGAGCCCUAUAUAAGGGUCUCACACGGUUCAUUAAACGCCAUUUUACAGCUCACCAUAUUGGUGUGAUCAGCGUGUAACUUGGUCAUGGGGCCGUCAGAUGCACAUUCUCAAUGAUGGACGUAGUUCUUUAGGUUACCUUACACAAGGCAACAAUUGGUGCCCCGUGUGAGGACGUCCUGAGAGUGAGUGUGCGACGGCUAACCGCGAGACGGACGCGAAUCCUACGGUUAGAUCCCGUGGAAGCGCCGGAGGGGCGAUAUAUUGACUGCAGCUACUGAUUAUCCUGCGGUAAGACCGUGGAAGACCGUGGGACUUUGGGCCCGGGUAUAUAUACAAAGGGUGCGAGGACGUACGGUGUCGAGCACCAGAAAAAACAUGGAUUCCGUCACAAAGGUACUAUUACGGGUUUGUAAAACCCACUGCGGUAGGAAUGCUCCUUCUAAGAAGGAGAUUGUUGCCGUUAUUACUUUUUUGCAGGAAGCGGAGCUUUCACCCUCCCCUUGUAAUUUGCUCGAUUCGGAGCGGUGGGAAUCUUUCACCGCUGCCCUGCUCCUAAGAGCAACAAACGAUUAUAAGGCGGAGGAGUUAAAAACCUGGGUUUUGGUCCUGGGUGCGCUUAAAGCGGCUAAGGAGGAGAAAAAGAUCCAGGCAGUCGCGAAUGGGGUUUUUGGGGUGGGUUCCGGGACGUCUGGGGUCCCGGAGGGUGCGGAGGAACCGCUCCCUUGCGGCGACUCCGUACCCAAGAUGGCGCCGACCACGCCGGCCGUUUUCACAAUGGCCAUGGCGGCGCCCGAAACAACUCCGGAAGGGAUGGCGGAAGUUGCCUCAUCUGGGGAGGGCGCCGCCAUAUUAUCCCCGCCUAUACCCCUGUUUGCAGAGCUUUCGUUCACCUGAGGGGGGUGGGUCCUGUCCGAGGGAGGGAGAGUCAUGGGGGGAGGCGCGCCGUGGAGGCGUUAAGCCACCCCUAGACCCGCCCCCGGAGGAGGGACCUCAUCCCGCGAAAGGGGAGGAACGAAAGGUACUGCCUGCCCCUACCCCUUUGGUUUCGCCUCCCGAGGAGGGGGAGGAGAAAGGGGAGGAACAAAAGGUACUGUCUGCCUUCACCCCGUCGGUUUCGUCUCCCGCGAAGGGGGAGGAGAAAGGGGAGGAACGGAAGGAAUUGCCUGUCCCCACCCAGUCGGUCGUGGUUCCCCGGAGGAGGGGGGAGAAGUGGGAGGAGCGAGAGAUAUCGCGUAAGCCCACUGAUUGGACUGACAUUUGCGAUACAAUGCGAGAGGUGGGGCUCAAGGAGCGGGACUGGGCGGUGUUCCCAAUUGUAGUCAAACAGGAGGGACCGGUUUGGGUACCUUUGGAAGCAAAAGCAGUUGCUCGGUUUAAAGAACUGCUGCUAGUACCAACGAGAAGGACAUCUGUUGUAUCACUUGCUGUGUGUCUUUGUGUAAUUGCAUUCAUUACCGGGAGAGGGUACUCACUUAACAUCACAACCAGAAAAUAUUUGGGUUACAUGGUCUAAUCGACCACAGCAGUCCUGUCGGAACUCCUGAUGGACGUUAACAACAUCAGACACGCUGUUCUUCAAAAUAGAGCUGCAAUUGACUUUCUGCUGCUUGCUCAAGGGCACGGGUGCAAGGACUUUGAAGGGAUGUGUUGUU